CUUAGUAUCUUGUGAGUACAUUCAAAACAGAUAAUCAGUUAAAGGGUGGUUUACACUUCAGGACGGAUGGCAACAUAUGCGCUCGCGCUCCUCGUUGCUCACAACGUCGAUUCUAUCAGAAGUCAGCGUCAAAUUGUAAAUGGAUAUACUCUGGCGAACCCUGGCUGCGAGUAUAGUGUCGACUCGACUGGCUAGUGCUGAGAUCAACUCUCCUUGCUUAGAUCCGAUUUUCUGCUUGCGAUGCAAAGGGGAAAUUGGCUUCAAGCUCAAGCGCUCAAGUUGGGCACGAGAUUCAACAACAUUCCGCCAGCCCGAAAUUAAACCACCGGGUUCGCACGCAUUUUGUAGAAGUAGCAAAGAAAGUCCUGGUCAAUUGAAGUGGCCCGACGACCAAGGACUUAUUCUAGAAUUUGAUGACUAGGAUGUCGCAAUAGUGGAUCAAUCAAUCAUGCCUCGUACGGUGACAGAUACGGAUGUGGAUAACCGCUCCAAUGACAUCAAAUGGCGUAUUUCCUAUUGGUGUAC